GCGAAAAAAAUCAGGGUGACAAUUCCAAAGGGAACACAAAAGGGUUUUUAGGGUUUCUAUUUGUGAGAGAAAAAAAUGGCGGAAGAGAGCGGACAGAGGGCUAAGGGAACCGUGAAGUGGUUCAGUGACCAAAAGGGGUUCGGCUUCAUCACACCUGAUGAUGGUGGUGAGGAUCUGUUCGUUCACCAGUCAGGUAUCAAAUCUGAGGGUUUCCGUAGCCUAUCUGAAGGUGAAGCCGUUGAGUUUGAGGUUGAAUCUGGUAGUGACGGAAGAACCAAGGCUGUUGACGUCACCGGACCUGACGGUGCUGCUGUAUCCGGUGGUGGAGGUCGCGGCGGCGGAGGUGGUCGUGGUGGUGGUGGUUACGGCGGCGGCGGCGGUGGUUACGGCGGUGGUCGUGGUGGAAGCCGCGGAUAUGGUGACGGUGGGUACGGUGGUGGUGGAUAUGGAGGAGGUAGGAGUUACGGUGGUGGUGGAGGUGGAUAUGGUGGUGGGGGUGGUUACGGCGGCGGUGGCGGCGGAGGAGAUGGCUGCUUCAAGUGUGGUGAGAGUGGUCAUUUUGCUAGGGACUGUGGCCAGGGUGGAGGCGGCGGCGGAUAUGGUGGUAGCGGCGGCGGAGGCGGCGGUUAUUCCCGUGGUGGUGGCGGCGGUGGCUGCUACAAGUGUGGAGAAGAUGGUCAUUUUGCCCGUGAAUGCACCAGUGGUGGUCGUUGAUUAACCCUUUCUAUGCUUUGGUAUUUUAUAAGUUGUUAUGUUUCUCUAGUGUUUUCUCGGAUAUUGUUGCUUUUACUCUUAUCUUUACUUUCUGCACUUUAGUAGUAUCGUUUUGAAGCUUUUUUAGUAAUGGGGAGUCCUAUUUUUGUUGGGUGCUUGCAAUGAAUACUCUCUGUACAUGUAUACAUACAUGUUUUCGAAGCAAUAUCAAUUAAUCAGCUGCUAA